AUGCUACUUCAUGUAGUUACUGGACCGAAGUCUUUUGCUGAUCUUCGCACGGUUGAUGGUAUCAUCUGCGCCACUUACAGGGAAGCAUGUUUGAGGCGCGGACUUCUUAAUGACGACCACUUACACAGGACAUUAGCAGAGGCCUCAAAUUGUAAACUGUUAUGGCAAAUGCGUCGACUGUUUUGUAGCAUAUUAAUCCACUGUAAUCCCAGCAACCCUCUUAACCUUUGGGAAUCGUUCAGACAGAACCUAUCAAAGGACAUACAGGCUAAUUUAGCGCUACGUGAUGGCAACGACGAUCUUUAUAAUGAGGCAUUAAUCGACAUGGACAGACACAUCAGACGCUAUGUUAUACGUGGAUUAAGUAAGUGA